CAUUGAAUGUAUAUAAAUUCUGCUCGUGGUAACUCAUUCUAAACUCGUUUAGAUAGCUUCGAAGAUGAACUCGUUGUUGAUGAUCACUGUUUGUUUGGUCCUGAUCGGAACACUAUGGGCAAAGGAAGGUUACCUGGUGAAGAAGAAUGGCUGCAAAUACGGGUGCUGGAAAUUGGGAGAAAACGAUAACUGCGAUAAGGAAUGCAAAGCGCCGAACCAAGGAGGUAGUUACGGCUAUUGCUUCAAGCUUGCAUGCUGGUGCGAAGGAUUGCCCGAAAGUACACCGACUUGGCCCCUUCCUGGUAAAAAAUGCAGUACAAAAUAAUGGCAACGUCUUUUUAUUGUUCAACAACAGAAAUAUUGUUACGCUUCUUAAUUGCAAUUAAACGAAAUAAAAUGUAA